AUGCUCUCUCCUGGUGCUUCUUCCGCUGCGACUGCUUCUCCAACAACCUCUCGUGGUGGCUCUGUUGGAAACACAACACCAACAACGAGUAAAACAGAUAGCUCUACUCUAUACAUUCCACCACAUUUGAGAAGUCAGUCGAACGAUUUUGAUGACCACCAUGCCGAAAGAAUUUCAUCAGUGUCAUCCGAUAUGGAUGAAGAUCAACAACAACAUUUUUAUUAUUAUCAUCAUCGAUCUUCCAUGGAUACAGGUAGCCAUGCAACCACUCACAGUCAACCUCCGAUCAUUAAAAACAAACAGCAAAUUAUUGACUAUAUGAAUCAACAUAAAAUUGCACAAAUUUUGAAAACCAAGCUAAAUGAAGCCUUUCAACAACAAUCCGUGGAUCCUAUUGAAUAUGUUUUUCGUACAAAACGAGUGGAACAACAGGAAAUGCUCAUUCAACAACGACAACAUCAAAUGAAAGAGAUGGAUAUUAAACAUGAUGAAGUACUCAGCUCGAUACAACAAAGUAAAGAAUCCAUGAAAUCCGAAUAUGAAAAGCUAGAAAAAGAACACUUGCAAGAAAUUACUAAAUUAAAAAUGGAGAUUGAAGAGUUCAAGAAACGAGCUCAAGACCUCGACAAUGAACCCCAAAGUGAUGAGAGUAACAUUUUAGAACAACAAUUGGAAAGUCUCAGAAAAGAAAAUGAAGAAUUGGAAAAUGAAAAUCAAGGGUUAUUGAAACGAAAUAAGGAUUUAACAAAUAUUUUACACAAUACUAGUUCAUCUCAAACAUACUCAUCAAUGGCUCCUACAGAAAGUGUGACCAAUAAUCCAUCUCCAAGUUCUAUUUUCCCUGAAGAAAUUACAAUUGGAGAUACUGAAUCGACUAUGGACAGUGCGACCAUUGAAACCAACCAUCAAGAAAAUGCUGAGACUGUUACCGGAGCUCCUUCUGCAACUGAUGAUGACUCUGCCGAUCCAUUUGCAAGUUUAGAUAACCAACAACAACAAGAAGAGCAACAAUAA